AUGUACCCCUUCGAUGCCCACCACGGCUACUGCAGUACCACCCACGAGGAGCACCCACCCCAUCACACCGCGGAAGAUUGGAAGGACCACGACCCGGCCCUCCGGAUUCCCUACUCCUCAACUGACUACGAAUCGGAGGCGGUCUGUGCCCUCUCAGCUGCGAAGCUGGUGAUUUCGCCGAACUUCUGCUGGGAGGACGCCUUGUGGGCGGGCUGCUCGCGGCAUCUGACCGGCUGGAGCAACGUGAAGACGCGGGUGGGGCUAGGGACGACUAAGCGACUCUGUUCGGUGGUCCUAGACACCGGCUCCCCGUUUAGCAUCAUGAGGCCCGAUCAUGCACGCGAAAUCCCCGGGGCCAAAAUCUGUCCCUGCGAGUCGCCAUUCAUGCUGCACGGCUGGGACCAGGAAGACGUCCAGCAUGAAGUGACCGAGUACGUGGUCUUCCACAUGUUCAUCCCCGAGCAUCUGGGCCGGCCAAACGAGGACCGGCGCUGGGCGCGCAUCGUCGUCCGGGCCUUUUGUGUCCCCGGGACGUCGGACACCUUGUCUCUCGUGGUCGGCUCCUCCCUCAUGGCCCAGGAAGGGAUUACCCUCGAUCUCAAGAAUGGUGUCGGAGUGGUGAGCCCGGGGGAUCUCGAGUUCCGUCUGGAUAUGGGUUAUAAUCCCGAGGCGCCGAAUCGUAAUGUCGAGUGA